UUUGCCCGAAGCUGCUGUCACACUCCUAUCCUUCUCAAAAUUCCAGGGAGUGGAGGCACCUCCAAGAGGCAAUCCAUUACCAACCGACUCCUUACCCCUCCCCCGAUGGAAAUCAAAGCUCAUGGAUUGUCAUUCGAUUGGACUGUGAUGCGCUGAAGCUGAAUUCAAGACUGAUUAAAAAAAAAAAAAAAAAAAGACAAGACCUGCCAGCUUAAUGAAUGCUCUCACAGAGGGAGGAGCUGGGCCUGGCCCCAGGGACCCAAGAUGAUGCUGUCGCUGACGUGGUUCACUCCAUCUGAUGCCCCUACAGGCCUCUGCCUGAGCUACAUCCCGUUUACAGGACCAGAUUCAAUCUGCUAGACCGCUGAGGCAGGCAGAGCUGGCUUGCAGGGGUCUGGACGGCUCAGAGGGAAGCCGGUAAAAGCAGGGUAAGUCCAGGUCCCACCUCUGCUCUGUCAGAGGCCAACGACACCGCCGAGUCCAGAGCAGCAGGAGGACUACAUUUCCCAGAGUUCCCCAAGCCCAGGGAUGAGCCAUUGGGCGAUUUAAAUAGCCCAGGCCCAAGGCAGCCAGGCCGCAGCUGUGGACUCCUCACCUCCCAGCGGCUCUGCUGGUGCAGGCCCCGCAUUGGAGGGCUGGAUUGGCUGCCCGGCUGGCACUGACGUCCCCUUGGAGCCGGGUGGCAGCGGAGAUAAACAGCCAUGUGCAGCCCUCCACCCUAUAUUUAACAGCUGCUGCGGAGAAGGCAGGGAGGCAUACACGGUGGCGGCUGUGGGGGCAGCUCUUGUCUUCGGGGAGAAGGCCCUUGGAGCCGGGCUGGCAUCGGGCCUCUCAGGGUGAGCGAGGUCACCAUGCCAGCUUCCCAGAGCCGGGCCCGCGCCCGAGACCGCAACAACGUCCUCAACCGGGCUGAGUUCCUGUCCCUGAACCAGCCCCCCAAGGGGGCCCCGGAGCCCCGCAGCUCAGCCAGGAAGGCCUCAGGCCCCUCGGCACAGCCCCCACCUGCUGGCGAAGGGGCCCGAGAGCGGCGUCAGUCCCAGCAGCUGCCCGAGGAAGACUGCAUGCAGCUGAACCCCUCCUUCAAGGGCAUCGCCUUCAACUCCCUGCUGGCCAUCGACAUCUGCAUGUCCAAGCGGCUCGGGGUGUGCGCCGGCCGGGCGGCGUCCUGGGCCAGUGCCCGCUCCAUGGUCAAGCUCAUCGGCAUCACCGGCCACGGCAUCCCCUGGAUCGGGGGCACCAUCCUCUGCCUGGUGAAGAGCAGCACACUGGCCGGCCAGGAGGUGCUCAUGAACCUGCUCCUGGCCCUGCUCCUGGACAUCAUGACGGUGGCCGGCGUGCAGAAGCUCAUCAAGCGGCGAGGCCCGUACGAGACCAGCCCCAGCCUCCUGGACUACCUCACCAUGGACGUCUACGCCUUCCCGGCCGGGCACGCCAGCCGCGCCGCCAUGGUGUCCAAGUUCUUCCUUAGCCACCUGGUGCUGGCAGUGCCCCUGCGCGUGCUGCUGGUGCUCUGGGCCUUCUGCGUGGGCCUGUCCCGCGUGAUGAUCGGCCGCCACCACGUCACGGACGUCCUCUCCGGCUUUGUCAUUGGCUACCUCCAGUUCCGCCUGGUGGAGCUGGUCUGGAUGCCCUCCAGCACCUGCCAGAUGCUCAUCUCUGCCUGGUGAAGCGCCCACCGGCCCACACAAGGCUCUGGGGGCAGGGCUGGCCCUAAAGAAGGGGCAGUGGGUGGCGAGGCAGCGGGCACAGGCGGAACAGAGCAGCCACCCCCAUGUCGUCCUCCCCUCCUGGUUGGAGGCCGGUGACCCCAGGCCGCCCCUCCUGGUGAUGAGCGUGUUCGGCAGUGCUGGGCCUCUUGCCCCUCUACUUGGACUCUGGGUCUUUCUAGGCAGCUGGGACCCACCCGUGGGGACAGCCCUAUUUAGCUUCUGCUCUGGGGACAGCGAAAACCAGGAUGGUGGGAGGGGGCCAAGUCUUGUCUUGUCCUUUCAUCGUCAUGACUGUUGAGUUCUUGGCUGUGCCCAUCAUGCCACAGCUUGACGCCUGUCAAAAUGCCCCCACCUACAGCCUGAUGCAGGCGCCAUAGCCAUUAACGGUCAUCGACGGCUUAGGGCAGCACUUUCCAAAGGGUGCCCCGUGGGACACCAGCCUGAGAGAUGCUUUUGGGGAAAAGGGAUUUUGUGGUUCAAUGACUUUGGGAAGUGCUUCUUGCUAAACCUUGUUGAACCCAUGUUUCCUAAAUUUAUUUGACCACAAGAACUCUCUUCUUGGGGAACAGCUAUUAACCCCCGAGGAACCACUGGUUCCUCCAGCGCAUUUGGGAGCUGCUGCCAGACAGCUGCAGGGCCUGGGGUGUAAGCUGACUCUUAGCCAGGGAGACCCGGUGCACAUGCCACAGCCCGGGGAAAGCACUGGCCACCGCCCGUGGGCAUCAAUGAGGCUUUGGCCCCCAGGGGCCGGACUCCGUGUGACCUAAUAGGUCGUUUCCAAGUCACCCGUUAUGGAUGUGCAUUUCAUGUGACAAUACAGAUGACAUGCAAAUGGC